CUUUGGUUGCGAUGGAUUUUUGUGCGGAGAUUUCCGUCGGCGUGUCUUUCAAUAAGUGUUGGGCGACGCGAGGAUGAUUCGAUAAAGACCUGGGGCGGUAUUGAUCUUCUAUAAGCGGAAAAUAGCUCUAACAACAAAGAACCGUCAUUGAAGAAACCGAUAGUGCCUAGUUAAGUAAUCUCCCCGCCGAUUAUCAAUAAAAGUGCCAAUCGCGAGGCACGAUUUACAGAGACGGAUAAUAUUAAAGCCGCAAGCUACGACGGAAUGCUUUUGAAAAACUCUCGUCCUCUCAUUUUAUUGCUCCGAAACGAGUGUAGUGUUAGUAUCCUGCGAUGUAGACGUGUUCGGCGAUACGUAUUGACCCUAGUUUGCUAUGGAUUAGAUUUCCACUAGUUUGCUUUUAGAUCUUUCGUGAUUUCCUACCCAAUAACUGACGACGCAUAACGGAUACGGGGUUCUACGCUAACAAAAUUAUUACGCCUCGCUUCAAAUUUCACUCUAAUUUACAAACGUAGGUUCUGUCACGCCGGGCGGGCAUUGGAAUGUUUUCUUUGUUUAUCGUCAUUCGUUAACACGAGUUAUAGUGGAGCGGCGGGAUUUACUGUUUCCGUGCUGGUGCGUGGGUAAAGCCCACUAAGUUUUGUGGACGUGACAGAUAAGGAGUCUACACGAGAAGUAUUGUUAUUGAUUGUUACUUGCCUCGACGGACGCUUGCCGGCUGCCCCCUGCAGGAAGUAGACUAGUACGGAGAUUCUGUUCUUUCUUUUCUGAUCUACUCAUCACAAUUCAUACUUAAUAUACACUUGUGUCAGGUUCGUAAGCGCGCGUUACCAUGUAGUAGCCCAGGUCGUGGUAGAACGAUCGACUGACGAAUUUAAAAACCCGUGACUUGUUUAUACAAAGGAGUCAGCGAUGCUACGCUAGUAUAUUGUUACAUGUACGCUAGUCUUAGUGUGGAUUUACGGAAAUGUUGUUUCAUUAUUUCUCUUUCUUUACUUGAACAGAGAAGUUACAGGGACUUUGACGCCAGCAAGACCACGCUGUUUAAAUCCGUCACACAACACGUGUGGGUGUGAGAGGCCACGACAAACUGCUGUUCGCCAGGAUGUUUGAUAGAUUAGUACUUUGUGGAUAGACUUACGCAAAACGCGAUAAGUAAUUACAGAUAAUGAAAUAUCGCUCUGUUGUGUGUGUUUGCCGUGUACCGGCUCUCCUUACGAUAUCCGCACUUGAAGUAUUCAUGACCAAUUUAUAAUUAUAUAGCUUGGAGGAGAAAGACGCGUUUAGUGUGUGUGUACGGUUUUAUUUAACCACAAGUCAACAUGCCAGGGAAGAGGUUGCUCACGGACGGCUCCAAACAAACCCAGAAACGGGGUAAAAAGGGCAAACUAAAAACUGUCAACAACAAACCAAGAGAGAUGGACACGGAAACAAAAUCGGACAGUGUUACGGAGAAGCUUUCCGUAAGUAAUGUGUUAGACUUGGAAGCUGACGGCGCUACGGAAUAUCUGUGUCCCAUAGAGAAGGAGGGCGAUACUGUCCUGGAGGUGGAGUGUGGGCCCAACAAGGCUUUAAUGUACUUAUCCAAACUUUACCAGGGAAGUAAGGGCUCGUGUCUAUCCUUUCAGGGGUCGUGGCUGACCCCAAAUGAAUUCCAGUAUGUAAGCGGCAGGGAAACCGCCAAAGACUGGAAAAGGUCCAUACGGCACCAGGGCAAGAGCAUCAAACUUCUCUUCUCCAAGGGGAUCCUCUCCGUGGGAGGGGGAGGCUCGUCCAAGAAUGGAAAACGACCAAAGAAGGGAGGAAAGAGAUCCUUGUCCUCCCGACGGGGUCGACGGAAAGUCAACGUCAACCUCGACUCGGCCGGCGAGGAAAACGGGGAAAGUCGGGAAACGGAAGUGCAAUGUGGUAAGGAACAAUCAGUCGACGGCGACUCCGAGGAGGGCAAGCGUAAUUCGGACCCCAGCAAGGAGCAAGUGAGUUCUGAAGGUGACCUAUCAGACGCCAACAGUGACUCAACAGAGAACUACGAUGUAGAUUUCAUUGAUUCAGUUACGGAGCAAGACAAAGUGCCCCCCGAAAGUGAAGACAAAUCAAAACAUGAUCUCAUUGCCAAUAGGCAAUCGACAUCAACAUCAAAACAAUUCCAAAACGAGAUAGACGUGUUCUCAUUUGAAUCAAACGAAGAAAGUAAUUCUUCUUUGAAGUCAGACAAAACGUGUGACAAGAAAUUAGUGGAGGACGAAAUAGUGCCAGAAAAGACUGAAUCACCUGUGUGUGAAACAGAAACAAAAAUUUACGAUGAUGUGGACGAUAUUGAAGAUAAAAGUCCAGAGUGUGGAAAAGAAUUGUUUGAAGAAUGUAAAUCUGAUGAGGAAGGUUAUAAUGCAGAAGAAGGGAAGGAUAUUGAACAACCUACAGAGGAGGAACUGAACAAGGUCCACACUGACACGAAGCAAGUUGCAGAACCGGAAAUUCCCGAGGAAAACAAGGAAGAUACUGUUAUAACUGUGGUUGAGAAACAGGUGACACAAAACCAAGAAACUGAAGAGGAUAAGCAGGUAGAGGACAGAAUAGAGGUAGAAGAAGUAGAGGAAGAAGAACAGAAAGUAGAAGAACAAAAAGUGCCAUCCAAGCGUCCAAGCCCUGCUAGAGAAUCAAAGCUAGGAAACAUCAUCGAUCAGCUUCGGGUCAACAGAGAGAAAGUGACCAAGGAGAGACGAGAUAAUGCAGCCGAUCUGACCAAUAAGAAAAAAGACUGUCCGAACGACUUGUCCAUGAAGAGUGGAGAUUGUCCGACCGACACACCGAGUAAGAAGCAGGAUUACCCGGCUGAUUUGACAAAAGAUAAUAGACGCGACAUGUUUGAUUUUACGAAGGAUCAACAGAAGGAAAUAGACGCGUUCAGCAAAAUACGACGGGAAAUCAGGUCCGACUCGCUCAAAGACAAACCGGAAGAAGUGACAGAUACGACCAAGGAGAAACGGGAACAAGUCAGGGACGCAGCGAAGCUCGAAAAGGCGUUGUGGCAAAUGCCAACACAACCGAUCAGAAAUCCACUUGCAACAGAAAUGAAAAUCGCAAAAAUAAUCGACGAACAAAGGAAAGAUUCAAGAAAGCAUGCGCCAUGUGUGGAGGAAAGGAGAGUUCCUAAAGGCCAUUCUUUGUCAGCCAACCUUCACCAGAAGAAGCAUCCUGAACGAUCCCCCUCAGCGCCGAGUGAACUCCUGGAAUUCCUUCACAAAAAGCGUGGACACACUCCCAACAGUGACCGCCACUCCUUCCCGUCAGCUGGGAUGUUGUACCCGUGGAUGAAGAAGGAGUCGGAAGAUGGUGGCGAGAGGACAAGCAAGUCUCAGACUUCCAGUCCUUCUGCUCGUCUUACACCGGUUGACAAAGUCAAGAAAUCCUCCAAUUCCGUGCGGGAGAAGAAGGAAUGCUCUUCGGACAAGGACUACAAUGACUACAUGAGGGCACUGGCCGCCAAGCAGGAGCGUAACCCCUUCUUCCUGUCUCCACCGGUCCACGACCCGUAUUUCUCUAUGUGGACUCCGGACCUGCUUUUCCCGCCGGGACUUUUCAACCCUUAUUCCAUGUUUCUCGGCCCUAACGGUCAGCGGGGCGAGGUCCCACCCACAUCCGCCAUGUCGACGUUAUGUUCCAUGCCACAGAGUGGGGGACUCCCGGGCUUCCUGCCGCGGCCCCCACACAACAUGUCCUACCCUAUCCUCGACUCAUACGUACCACACUCCAGUCCCAAGGAGUCGCCAUCAUUACCUCAUUCCUGUCAGACAAACUCGCGGAAGCGGGGACCUGUAGAAGCGGACACGGCAUGCGCACUUGAUCUCUCUACAAAGCGUACGAAACUUGAGUGCAGUAAAAAUGACUACUUCACUUCGCCACUAUCACGAUCGUCAGAAUCCGUUGACAAUUGUAAAAAAAAUGCAUUGCUUAAUUUGUCAAAUGCAAAAGCUCCGGAGGGAGACAAAUCAAACUUUCAUAAAACACAUCAUAAUAGUCAUCGUCAUAAGAAGAGCAAUCAUUCCAUAUGGCAAGAAAAGGACAUCAAAGGUCAAAAGUUACAGUGUAAAUGUGGCGCCGACAACCCGGAAAAUAUAAUGAACUGGUCGGCGGAGAAAGUGUUCGACUUCGUCUCUAAGCUGGAGGGUUGUAGCUCGUAUGCUAAGACCUUCCUGGCUCACAGAAUAGAAGGCAAGCUCCUACCGCUCCUCACCACAGACGCUCUCAUUCGCAACCUCGGCAUGAAGGUUGGCCCCGCCAUUAUCCUCAGUGAGGCUGUCACACGGCACGUGCAAGAUAUGAGCCGCUUCUUUCAUCCGUGUAGUUACUGCAAACUCAAGUCGUCUCAACGCCUGUCCGUAUGAUGACGUCACCACGCACAUCAACAUAUUUCCAUACAUCUUUUGUUACGAGGAUACUAUUAUUUAUUUGUGAAUAAAACAUAUAGAUUUCACACAGUGCGGAGAGAUGACGUGUGGACUGGGUACGGCAGUAGUCCCGAACCCGUUCUUUUUGCUGUGCUGUACGAGGCCAGAGCGAGGCGAUAAGAUAGUCAGUAGGCGAUUUAUUAACAUUUCCAGGCUGUCACGUGGACAGCUAUCAACAACGUUAAAUCAGGGAUAUCCAACUUUCAAAUCUUUGAUGAUUGUUUUUUUUCUAUGUGACGAAUUAAACACAUUUUGAUGACUUUGUACACUGUACUACCCAGAUAGAAAUAGUAGGUUGUGGUGAUGUUGAAACUGUAAUGUCGAAACUGGCCAACUAUGUACAAAUGUUUUUAUGUUGAAUGGUGCUACGUCAGUUUAACGUGUACAUGUUUUAACCUUACUAGAGAAGACUACUGGGAGUUACUAUAUGACGGAGAUUUGGACCGGUGUGUCGCCCCUCGUUAAGGCACUAGUCUAUGAACCAAGUCCUUACCGCCACACAGUAACGACAAAUAUCGGAAACGGUACUAGAUAAAACUAUUAAAGAGUUUGUAGUAAUUUUGAUUAAUUUCUGACAUAGAAGAGAAGAGCCUUGAUGGUUGCAAUCAGCGUGUUAUUGGGGAAAAUGCAGUCCCGUAGCCUUUUAACAUAGCGUUAUGGCACCUCGACUGCGCCUUUAAAUAUGUCAGAAUUUAAUUGCAAUAAAGCCGCAUUGAAGGACGGCCUUUGUUUGUAUGUUUCCGUCAGUUUUUAUUGAUGUGUGUGCCCGCGGGACGGGCGAUAGGUGACAUGGAUUCCGGUCAAUUUCCACUAAUACUAGUGAUCGAUGACACGUGACUGUUCCGUGACGUAAUCGAUGUUUACAUUCCUCUGCCAUGUCAGUGUACACGGGAUAUCGUUUUUGCAAUAACACCCCAUGUGGACCGCCAGCCAUUAAAAUAUUGAUGUACGUAGACGUCACGUUAACUAAAUCCAAUGUUUCCGUGUGAUAUUAUACGUAAUGUGGUGUCUUACUAUGCAGAUAUAUAUAUGUGUGUGUGUGUACUGUAGAAAUCCUAGCGUAGGAUUAUGCAAUUUUCAAGGGUCGAAAUCUGAACAUGUCAAGCAAACUAGGGGAUUUUUAAUGAAAAAACGCAGCUCGUAGAUUUAGCCAGAGACGUAAAUACGUCUCUGAUUUAGCGAAUCAAUUUUGUCUGUAAUAUGUUAUUAUUGUACAUGGAUAGUAUUUGUUCAGUAUUUAAUGCAUCAAGGUAGAAAGUUGUAGCGUUGGAAGUCUGUUGGCGAUAGAUAUUGUACACAUGAUUUACUGGGUGUUCAAUUGUUCCCUGUCUACAUCGUGAUGCCGCAAAGCGUUCUCGUUAAUGUCGCUAACUGUGGACAUAGUACGGGAUUAUGAUGUCAUAUGGCCUCGCUCUCUGUUAGGUUACUAACUGUGGGCAUAGUGCGAGGUCGUGAUAUCACAGGUUCUCGUUCUCAGUUAGGUCGCUAACUGACGACAUAGUACAGGGUCGUUAUGGUGCAGGGCCUCGUUUUAGAUGAUGUCGCUAACUGACGACAUAGUACCGGGUCUGAUGCUACAGGAUCUCGUUCUCUGUCAUGAAGAAAUCCAAUUUGAAGGAAAGGGAAAUCCAAUUUUGACGCUCGCGUGUCCCACGCAAGCAGGGUUUUCACCUGGACAAAGGUGUUCGCUGUAGUCAAUACUGUAUAUAUAUCAUGUGUGUGUACCAAGUUUUGGUGUACGUCUUGAUGUCUAUCGAUUAAAGAAAAUAUUAAAUAUA